AAUAAUGACGUAGAAGUCACACCGUGGAAGUCACGCCAUCCGAAUCCCAUAUAAAUCGCUGGCAGCGCGCUUGGUAUCUAUAAAGGAAAGAAGCCAUUAAACACAAUGGACAUUUACUCGUCUUCUCUGGAGUUUAUCAAAACCCACUGGAGUACAUGUGCUAUCGGUGCUGUGGUACUGAUUUUCGUCUACUGGUACGGAACGAGAAGUCGUUCUCGUCUUGAAAAAACAUUCCCGGGAAUCCCAGGUCCAAAGCAAUGGCCCUUCAUUGGAAGUCUACCAGAUGUGAUACGAAGCGGCGGUCAAAUGCACUUGCAAUUCGACAAUGACUACAAGAAAUUUGGGAAAGUAUAUCGUACUAUGUUUUUUGGUAGCCCGUCGCUUGUUGUCAGCGACCCAGCGAUGAUCAAAGAUAUAUUUGUGAAGUACUUUGACUGCUUUCAUGACAGACCGUCUCUAGCUUCUACCCCAGAACCUUUUGAUAAGGGACUAUUUGAUGUCAAAGGCGAAAAAUGGAAGCGCAUCCGUACCAUUGCAUCACCCUCUUUCAGUUCCCAUAAGUUGAAGGGCAUGGUUCCAUUGAUGAAUGUUAGAUGUGAUAC